GGUCUGCCUGCCUACGUCACAACUUUUCUUCCUUUCCUUCCACAUCUACUACCACUACUACUGACCACUACGUCUAUCUAUCCCAUCUUACUUGACGCAGUCCAGUGACCCUCUCCGGGUAGAAACUACUGCUGUACAUCUCAAAUCUAUUCCCGCGACUGAACACCGGACAACAACAAGUCGAUUGACCAGAGAGUCGGCGUCGGGCCUUGCUUUCUCUUCUUUCUACCUGUAUCUGUUAUCCUUGUUCCACUUGUCGCCGUCUGUUCUGGUCCUUGCCACUUCAUCCACUCGCUCUUUGCCCUUAUUUUUCUUUUAUUUUUCUCUUGCCCGUUCCCUCCCACCCACUCCGUCCACCCACACCACCCCCGAAAGUCACCUGCCAACUCCUACGCUUUCUAAUAUACCGGCCACCACCUCCCACAGAUAUUAUGUCUGCGGUUGUCGCUACGACUAUCUCGACCAGCCUGCCGAAUAAUCCGUCGCAUCGUAAUUCAUCACCAAUGGACGCGAAAAAAGCUGGUCUGGAGAGCGAAGACUCUCGGGCGCCGUCUUCAGAUGUCAAGGACUCCAAGCCUGAUGUAGAACCUCAAACCUCGUUGGCGCCUCCUCCGCGACCAGCCAUAACAAGUGCUACUGAUACUCCCGACUACUUCAACUCUGUUCACAAUCCCUUCUCUCUGGAGCCCAACCCUUUCGAGCAGUCUUUCAGUGGUGGUGGUUCCGGUGAAACGCCAGGCAAAUCCAUACUUCCCCCUGUUGCAGCCCUCACCUCACCGGCCCUGCCAGGCACUACCUCAGCGGGCGGUGGUUACGGUUGGUCCAACUCGUUGCGCUCUGGGCCUCUGAGCCCAGCCAUGCUCGCCGGCCCGACUGGCCCCAAUGAUUACUUUGAUAGUAUCGGUCGGGGCUUCCCUACUCCCAACGAAUCCUCUCUGCGUACUGGCCUGACUCCUGGUGGAGGAGGCUCGAUGUUCCCUGCCCCUAGUCCAAACUCUCAGGCACUCCUUCAGCAGCUGCAAAGCGGCGGUGCGACGCCAUCUACCAUUGAGUUCCACCGUACUGCCCUCAAUGCGGCGAAGAAGAACAGCCUCAAUGGUCCCACGUCAAACCCAGCCGCUGAAUCCGACCCAUCAUCUCAGACCUCGACUAUGGAACUCAAACCAACCCAGCCCGCGGGAGCCGAUCCGUUUGGUCACCACGACGCUGCGGAUGCAGCUAACGGAUUGUUCAUGCUAGCCAAGGGUGGUCAGGCAAACCCCAACCAGUUCUCUGUAGCCAACCAGACAUCGAUCCAGCCACAGAACAUUCAGACCAAUGAACAAGCACUUGAUGCUGGUGCUGAUAGACGGAACUCGCAGAACAUCAACGGCUUGGGCCACGGCGGCCGGUCGUCAAGCGAUGCUUCUGAUAUGCAAGGCGAACAAACGAAGCCUGCUGGCAAGGGUAAAGGCAAGAAGGCCACUGCUGCGAAGACUGGGGCCACCACCAACAACAGGCGCAAGGCUGAAGAUACACCCAAGGUACCCAACAAGAAGGCCAAAACGAGUAACGGCGGUAGUACCGAACCCCCGUCGGACAUUGGGGACUCGGAUGAAGACGAUGAUGAUAUGAAGAAGAAGGGUACGACGGACACGAAGAAGAUGACUGAUGAGGAAAAGAGAAAGAACUUCCUGGAAAGGAACAGGGUCGCGGCUCUCAAGUGUCGUCAACGCAAGAAGCAGUGGCUCGCUAACCUUCAGGCUAAGGUCGAACUCUUCACCUCCGAGAACGAUGCACUCACUGCCACUGUUACCCAGUUGCGGGAAGAGAUCGUCAACCUCAAGACUUUACUGCUUGCACAUAAGGAUUGCCCAGUCUCGCAAGCGCAGGGUCUCGGCCCUCUAAUGAUGAACGGAAUGGCAACCGGAUUUGAUGCUCAUCCAUAUAAUAUCCCAAGCCAAAUGGGCAUGCAAGGGCCGCCGAUUCCUGCCCAGGGGCUCCGACGAUAAUGAGCCGUGUACACGAUUGAUUUAAUUCUAUGAUUAGCUCUUGGACCGCACUAAACAUUGCAGAGUGCAGAUGCCAUAUUGGUGCCAGUCCAGCACGGCUUCUUUUUACGCUCUGUAUUGUUGGCUAUUUGUGUCCCAUGCUUUUCUUUAUUCUUAUAUUUUUUUUAUUUGUUUCUGCCUUUGAUUUCAAAAAGGGUUUUCUUCGGUGCACUGGGGGCUUUUUCAUGGGUUACGUUAGGAUUGUUAGGGAUUGCUGCCUUUUUUAGCGUGUCUUAUUAGGGAACAAUGACAUGGAUGCUACUUCAAUCGAGACUUUUUACUUCUUCA